CACUGGGCUGAUGAGCUGGAAGAGAAACAGGCUUGUAAAACAUGGGGGAGAUAUUGAUGUGUCAAGGGAAAGUAGCCUGAGGCAAGACUCUGAUCAGAUAGAUUUCAGAGACCUAUGCCUUCCUACCGAGAGAAGCGGUGACACGAUUUCUAAUGAGCUGCUCAGAGUGCCAGAAAAGAAUGCAUUUAAACCCAGAUGGAGCGGAUCAUAAAGAUAAUGGAAAACCUCCAACUUUGGUGACCAGUAUGAUUGAUUACAACAUGCCAAUUACUAUGGCUUAUAUGAAACACAUGAAGCUGCAGCUACUAAAUUCACAGCAAGAUGAGGAUGAAAGCUCUAUAGAAAGUGAUGAGUUUGAUAUGAGUGACUCAACUAGGAUGUCCGCUGUGAACUCUGACCUCAGCUCGAAUCUGGAAGAGAGAAUGCAAAGUCCUCAGAACCUCCAGGGCCAGCAGGAUG